AUGUAUUCAAUUCGGCUCGAUACCUCUGUUCCGCCCCCGUCUACUCCUAUGCCUGCCGUGCGACAUACUCAGACUACAACUGAGGAACCCUACUCUUUUCAGAAGAAGGUUUAUCGCCGUGUCGCUGCCGGUAUGGUCUGGGAAGAUCCAACCCUAGCUGAUUGGGACCCAAGAUAUGCCACACUUCGGCUUGCAGAGCAACCUGUGGUCUUUGAUCCAUUACCUAUACGCCAUAAUGUUCUUAAAACCAACCUAGACGACUUCAGACUCUUCUGCGGAGAUCUGGGCAAUGAAGUCUCGGAUGAUACUUUGACUCGGGCGUUCUCAAGGUACCCCUCUUUCCAAAAAGCCAAAGUCGUUGUUGACAAACGCUCUGGCAAGUCUCGUGGAUAUGGGUUCGUCAGCUUCUCGGAUCCCAGCGACUUCACCCGUGCAAUGCGGGAAAUGAACGGGAAAUAUAUCGGAAACAGACCGAUCAAGCUGAAGAAGAGCGAUUGGAAGAACCGGCAGCUGGAAACCUACAGAAAACGCGAGAAGGAGAAGAGAAAGCUUGGCUUGAAGAUCUAA